AUGUUGGCAAUUUUUCACGAGGCAUUUGCUCACCCACCUGAAGAACUUAACAGUCCUGCAUCUUACAGUGGUACCAAGAAGCCCAAGGUUCCUCAGGAAACUCUAAGAGAAUUUCUUUCCCAUUAUCCUCAUAACACUUUCUCUAUGAAUUUUGGUCACGCUGCUGUUCUAGCUUAUGUUCGCCCUGAUCAACAUAUCUCUGUUCAUCAAAGGCAGUUUUGUGGGCUUGACGACAUAUAUUGCCUUUUUGUGGGGAGUUUGUAUAAUUUGUGUUCACUGAAUAAGCAGUAUGGUUUGUCAAAGGGUACCAAUGAAGCAAUGUUUGUGAUUGAAGCUUAUAAGACACUUCGUGAUCGUGGUCCAUACCCUGCAGAUCAAGUUGUGAAGGAUCUUGAUGGCACCUUUGCCUUUGUUGUCUAUGACAGCAAAGUUGGUAGUGUCUUUGCAGCAUUGGGUUCUGAUGGUGGAGUGAAGUUGUAUUGGGGUAUUGCAGCUGAUGGAUCUGUGGUGAUCUCAGAUGAUUUAGAUGUCAUUAAAGAGGGGUGUGCCAAAUCCUUUGCUCCCUUUCCAACAGGGUGUAUGUUUCAUAGCGAAGGAGGUUUGAUGAGCUUUGAGCAUCCAAUGAACAAGUUGAAGGCAAUGGCAAGGAUAGACAGUGAAGGGGCCAUGUGUGGGGCAAAUUUCAAUGUUGACAAGUACGAAAGGGUCAACAGCAUACCCCGAGUAGGAAGCCAAGCAAAUUGGGUGGAAUGGAACCAUCAUUCUUAA